AACAAGAGCAAAAAUAGUCAAGUUCAUCCCACGGAUGUUACCGAACUCCCCGAAGUCUUGCUCGAUCACAUGCAUGCAUGCGUAAUGGCAGCUAGCUAGAUCUCCGACGGACGUACGUGACCCUCCCUAGCUUCUCUUUUCUUUUCUCAUGCACACGUGCGUAUGUGCAUCCAAGCUCGGAGGGAAGGAAAGGGAAGGAGGUUCUGGCCGGCCUAGGGAGGAGGACGUACGUACGAAUCGAAUAAGCUAUCGAGAAUCGUCGACUGAGAAAUCAAGAUCAGGCCGGCAGAUCGGUCGUCCGAUGGCGAGGAGCAAGGGCCACCUCUCGUUGCUGCUCCUGUCGGCGGUCGUGGCGUCCCUCGUCGCCGGCUCGUCGGCGGGCAUCUACCACAUCGUCGGCGCCGGCAAGGGCUGGCGGAUCGCCCCCAACCGGACCUACUACGAGGAGUGGGCCCGCACCAGGAACAUCAGCAUCGGCGACAAGCUCAUGUUCUUGUACCGGAGCGGUGUGUACAACAUCGUGGAGGUGCCGAGCAAGGACCUGUUCGUGGGGUGCAGCAUGCGCAACAUCACCAACCGGUACCAGAACGGUCCAACCAUCAUCGAGCUCACCCAGCCCGGCCCGCGCUACUACUUCUGCGGCGUCGGCAAGCACUGCGAGGAGGGGCAGAAGCUCACCAUCAACGUCUCCGCCGUCGCGCAGCAGUCGCGGGUCGACGACCUCGCCGCCAGCUCGUCCAGCGACGUCACGGCGGCGCAUCGCCUGCUCUGCCUCGCCGCCUGCUUGCUGGCCUCUGCUUCGUCGAUGCUCAUGUAAAUCAAUUAGAUCAUCCGGCCGGCAACACCAUAGGCAAUGCAGUUAUUUUUGGAACAAAACCAUGUGUCCGCCUAGCAAAAACUGAAUGAUCGGCCAAGGAUUAAUCAAAUUCAUAGGAUUAAUCAAAUUCAUAGCUGUUGGUUGAUCACAUCACAGAGGAUGGUCCAAAUUCAUGGCUGCUUGUUGAUCACAGGGACCUACUUAUCUAAUGUACAAAAUUUCAAAAUGAAAGAGGCGCCCAUUUUUUCUUCUC